CCAGCAAUAUUUUUUCAAACGGAAAGCGCCAUUUUACUCAGAAAUAUCUAUAUUUUCUUUUUUGACUGGUUCGAACGAGUUCUGUGAGAUACGAUUGAGCAGUGUCGGUCGUGGCUUAUGUGAAAUGGCUCUUAAUUGUUAAUACUUUUCCUUCUGCUCUGCGUUUUUAGUGAUGAGUGAAAGUAGCGCCACCUCCCUUAGUCAUUCGUGUUGUCACUGUGUGAUUUGCACCGGAUACAUCAUGGGUAGAUGACGCCAUCUGCAGAAUGCAAAAUUAAGAAAGUCGCAUUGCGAACAGUUCACCGUUCACAAUUGUUCUCCGAAAUGAAAGUUCUUUUUGCUAUGUGAAUUUUGACUGUUAAGCUGAAUUUAGAUUUGGUGUACGUCAUGAUAAUGAUAAAGCUUGCCAAGAUUAUACGAAAGAACAAAACAUCAUGGCAACAUCUCUCACAUUCAAUCAUAAUCAUUACAAAUGGUCAAAUUGUAGUCGACAUUUCUUCACACAAUAUCUAGAGUAAACUAUCGAACACUGUAUUGAACAGUGGAAAAUUCAAAUAUAUUCUAUUUCUGUUAUACAGAUCAGAACGAUAUCAAUGUUUAAACAACGUGCCCGAUUACAAUUCACAAAUAUUCAAAGAUCUUAAUAGUGAACAAGCGGCUCGAGAAUUACCGGGCAGUUUCAACAAUCUUGAUAGACAGUGUAAACGAGCAUUUGGCAUAAAUUACGAAUACUGCAGCGAUUUAAAUCACGGAGCAAGAUGCACACGUUUAUUUUGUAAGGACAUGUAUGCAAAUGCUACCUCGUGUAUGACAAAUCAUGCUCCAUGGUCAGAUGGAACAGAAUGUCAUGAACCAUGGACAGAACCAAAGGUAGUUUUAGGGGCUUGUCUAUUGAAUUUGAAAAAACGAUGUUUUCGGGGUGAAUGUCGUAGUAAUCGUGACCUUAGAAGUCGUAACGGUAAUUGGGGAGAAUGGUCGCCGUGGUCAGCCUGCACAAGAACAUGUGGAAGCGCUGUACAAAAAUCGUAUCGGACAUGCGACAAUCCAAAACCGGAAAAUGGUGGACAAUACUGUUCUGGACAAUCAAGUCGUAUUCAAUCAUGCGAACACAAUCCACCAUGUAAAGAUCCAGUCGAUAUGUUUCGACAACGACAAUGUUCUAAGUUUAAUAACAAAAGUAUUGAUCCAUCACUGCCUAUAGGUGUUCGAUUUGAGCCGAAAUAUAAUGUAUUACCAAGUGAACGUUGCAAAUUAAUAUGUAAAGUAUCGGACGAUCGUCUUGAACGAUCAUUUGUCCUUGGUGAUCGAGUUGAAGAUGGAACACCAUGUGGACGAGAAGAAGAAACUCGUGAUAUAUGUAUCAGUGGAGUGUGCAUGCCUGUUGGAUGUGAUAAUAAAUAUGGUUCAAAUGCAACAGAAGAUGUUUGCGGAGUUUGUAAUGGUCAAAACAGAACAUGUCGUUUACUAUCCGGUUUGAAGGUUGUGUCAAAGUUUGGUUUAACAAGUAUUGUUGAUGUACCAGUUAAUGCAACACGAGUUAUUGUAACACAAAUAUCAGAUACAAAUGAUUUAUAUUAUCUAGCUGUUAAAUAUGUUAAUGGUACUUAUAUAUUGAAUGGUAUGCACAGUUUACAAUUAUAUAAUGUUAAAAUUCGUGUUGGUGCCGCUCUAUUACAUUAUACGGGAUCAGAUUCGGGUAAUGAAACGAUACAGAUAUAUGGCCGUUUGAGAGUUCCAUUAGAAAUUCAGGUAUUGUCAAUCCACGUGGCUGGUGCUCCACCAACAUAUGUUCAAUGGGAAUACUACACACCCAUGAAAGAUCCACCAUUAAUAAAUGGUGAGAAUUUUGAACAAGGUGGGCAAUUUGGCUCCGAACAUCACUGCGACAGACCAUGUCAAGUGAACAAAUGUAUAAUUAAUGGUGGAACGUAUGAUCCAUCGUAUUGUUCAAUGUAUCAAAUAGCGUUUACAACACAAAAAGAAAGUUGUAAUAAUGAUUGUAUUUUAAGUUGGACAGCUAAACAUCAACAUCCUUGUUCAACUCGUUGCGGUGACGGUUAUAAACGAGUUAUCUAUGAAUGUGCUAAAUCAAGUUUUAGCGAACGAACACUUGAAGUAUUAGAUGAAACAGUGUGUAACCAAUAUGUUGGUACAAAACCAACAGAUAUUGUUCCUUGUUCUGGCGAUUGUUCUGGAACAGGAUGGGUUUACAGUAACUGGCGAGAAUGUCAUUAUUCACCGAACCAAGGAUGCAUCCGUGAACGUAGUUCAGAAUGUCGGAAUUCAUCAUACCACCUUGUAUCCACUUAUUAUUGUGUGUCGGAAUUUUUAUUAAAUGCUGAACGAUGUACUGACUCAGCGUGUGAAAAUUAUCAAUGGAAUUAUACUGUUUGGUCAGAUUGUGAUUGUCAAUUGAGACGUCGACGACGAAGUGUAUCGUGUGUUAAAAAUGGUAAUAUUGUUAGAGAACAAUAUUGUAAGCAUGAAUCGAAACCAGAUGAAUCAAUAUCGUGUUAUCAAGAAUGUUUAAUGCCACAUUGGGUUGCAGAUGAAUGGCAAGCAUGUACGGCAACUUGUUCGAAUGGAAUAAGAAAUCGUCGCGUUAUCUGUUCUCAUCACAAUGGCGUUGUACAAGAUCAUUAUUGUGAUCGACGAAUGAAACCAGUUGAACAAGAAUCAUGUUCAACAAAUAUCAGCUGUCCAAAAUGGAGCGUUGGAAAGUGGUAUCCGUGUUCUGUUACAUGUGGAUUGGGUGUUCAACACCGUCCAGUACACUGUAUUCAAGAUGACAGACAAAUCGAUAGAGCAAGAUGUAGUGCAUCAAUGCCCGAUGAACAACAGGAAUGUAAAUUGAAUGAAUGUUCAACAGCAAAAUGGAAUGUUGGUUCGUGGGGGGAGUGUUCACAAACAUGUGGCUUAGGUAUGCAGCAACGCGCUGUUUAUUGUGAAGAUCCAUCAAUGCCGUGGAAACAACUUUUACCAUCAGAAUGUUCAAUUAAUGAUAAACCGUUACAUAUACAAAAUUGUACAAUUACAGCCUGUCCAGUUUGGAAAAUUGGCAAAUGGAGCAAGUGUACUGGCUUAUGUGGUUUUGCAAAUCGGACUAGAUCUGUUUGGUGUUCUCAUAAUAAACAUGAACUAAAUGAUUCAUAUUGUUUAAGAAUAGAAUCGAAACCAAAAACCACUGAAUCGUGUAGUAGUCAAACAUACUGUCCGCAAUGGGUGACGAGUUUAUGGUCUGAGUGCUUUGGAUCUAUGUGCGAAUCUGGCAUUCAAUAUCGUCAAGUAGCAUGUAGAAAUGAGCAUGAAACUAUCCCCUUAACAAAUUGUGACGAACAUGUUCGACCAGUUAGUGAACAGUCAUGUUAUGUAUGGGAUGCUUCGUGCACUGUGUUGCGCAUCGGAGAAUUGACUCGUACUGCUUAUUGGGACGUUAAGCCUUGGGAACAAUGUUCCGUGACAUGUGGCGUUGGUCGAAGAUUACGGAAAAUAUAUUGCCUGGACGCAUUAACAAAAACUGUUCAAGAUGAUCGGCAUUGUUCAAAAUUACCGAAAAAGCCAGUUGAAUUUGAAGCAUGUGAAACAAAUGUUCCAUGUGAAACUUAUCAGUGGGAAACCACAGACUGGACGAGAUGCGAUGAUCGUACAUGUUUACAAACACGUUCAGUUCACUGUAUCGAUCCAUUAACCGGUAGUCGUUUGCCAUCGUGGAGUUGUAAUAAAAAAAGUCCAGAGCCAUCUUCAAACCGAACAUGUCCGAAAUCCAAAUGUUUACAAUGGAAAGUAGCACACUGGAAUGGCUGCUCUGUUAAAUGUGGCCGAGGAACUGAAUUAGGGUUUGGUUUGGCGUGUUACUCAAAAAUGCCACCAUAUCGAAAAUUGGAUGCAAGUGAAUGUGAAGAAGCUGUCUCAUUAUCAAAACCCAUUCCAAGACGUAGUUGUGCUCGAAAUUGUUUCGAAUGGAAAACGAGUAGUUGGUCGGAGUGCAAUGCAAAAUGUGGCGAUGGAAAACGCACACGAAAAUUGUUUUGUAUAAAAAUAAACAAUAAACGAAUUGUUCAUAAUCGAUUUUGCAAUUAUCAACGAAAAAAUUUAACAAAACCAAAAGUUCAAGAGCCAUGCAAUGUACGCUCAUGUUAUCAAUGGUGCACUUCCACGUGCAAUGGUGGUAUCGAACAAAAUUAUCCAAAAUGUGUUCACUUCUAUCAAAACAGUACAGCUGUAGAUGAAAGUGUCUGUGAUCUAACUGCUAAACCCAAUUAUCAACGCCCUUGCAAUACGUUUGCAUGUUCGAUUACUGCAUCAAUGUUAACAACCACACGUUACUGGCCAUACACAAAAUUCAAUGGCUCAUCAUCAUCUGGAAGAAGACGUAAAAAUAGACGAUUCAGAAUGAAUAAUAUGUGGCAAACAGAUGCAUGGUCAUCGUGUAACGCUUAUUGUGGAGUAGGUGAACAAUAUCGAACUGUGCGAUGUUUAAAUUUUAAUCGUACACGCACAUUAAAUGAUCAAUUUUGUCGACGUAUUCCUCAACCAUCUCGUACACAACAAUGUUUCGAGCGAUAUUGUGGUCAAACAUGGGUUACCGGUAAUUGGUCAACAUGUACUUCAACAUGCGGCUAUGGAUUGCAGUAUAGAUCCGUUUCAUGUCACGCAAUUAAUAAUGAUGGUCGUGUUUCAAAGACAAAUAUUUCGAUGAAUUGUAGCCCCUAUAAUCAACCAGUAAAUCAUAUUGUAUGUAGUUUGGGAGACUGUCAAAGUCUUUAUUUAUGGCAUACGUCAUCUUGGUCUACGUGCUCGUCUGAUUGCGGUAUCGGUGAACAAAAGCGUACUGUUAUAUGUCAACAUCGAAUAUCACAAACAUCUGUUAGCGAUUUUUAUUGUGAUACACAAAAUAAACCAUUAACUAAUAUAAAAUGUUUUGGAUUUUAUAAUGAUUUUAUAUUUUCUAUCAUAAGUCGUGGCAUCCAUAUACCAUACGGAGUAACAUCAGCAUGA